UGGGGUUGCAGAGAACUGUGUGCUCAAGGAUGGUGUACCCAGCUGCCAACCCAAACAGUGUCAGCUGCAGACCGGAGGCUCCCUCACUCUUUUCAGUGGCACGACUGGCAAUAUCGCCAUCAUGGGUGCUUAUGAGAUCAUCACAUAUUGUGACGAAUCAGCUCCUGACUGGUUCAGAGUUGUGGCCGAGCUCCAACAAUGCUCUUCAACCGGCGUGAAGACCGUUGCUGCUGUUUAUGUCUUCUUUAACGACCUGUUCAUCACGGUUACUGACAAACAGGAGACCUGGGUCAACGGUAAAAAGGUGACUCUCCCCAGCGUGCACGGAAACACCAUCUCUGUGAGACGCACCGAUGCAACCACAGUUGUUGAGCUGACGUCACACUUCCAGCUGUCAUACACCAACACCCAGGAGGUCAUUGUGACCGUGAGUGACAGCAUGGUGAACAAGUUGUGCGGAGCAUGUGGACCUCUCCUCCCCUCAAGAUACGUCUUCAGUGUCGAACAAGCAGAGAUGCAGGAGUACAUGCUCUUAUAUCCUGCGGAUGACUUUCCUUCCUGUGGGUUGUGAAUGAAAGAUCAACUUCUCAACUCCCAGAGAUCGCACCAGUAUCAUCAUCAUCUGCAGAAAAUUCAACAAUCAGCAAUGAAAGCUUUAUUUGAAACAUAGUAUUAUUGUAAACAAAAAAAAAUCAAUUUCAAAUGUAAAUUCCAACAUGAAUGAAUUUAGCCUGUUGAUCAAUUCCUAUAAAGUUCAAGCUGUAUGGAAAGCAAUUGCAGUUUCUACAUAAAUGCAUUUAAUGAACUGAAUUAUAUAAAAUGUCUUUGAAAAGUCACCAGUUGUUAUGUUUUACAAUCUACAUGAAGCUGUCAUUUUAUUUAUUACAAGGUUUUUGAAGGGAAGCUCUAAGAACUUGUAAGAAUCAAAGGUCCAAGUGUCAGAGGGUUUUGUAUGCUGCACAGAUUGUAAUGAUCCUCAAGAUGUCAUUUGUGAUUUUGGGUUAUAUAAAUAAAAUUGACUUGACUUGUUCAAAUGUUCAUUUAUACAAUAUUAUGGCUCAUCUUUGUAUUAAAGUCUCUGUCUUCAUUUGUUGUUGCUGUCAUACAGUAU